AUGGUGAACUCCCGAACCAACAACUCCUCAAACUCAAAAACGUCCACUUUUGAGGGCAAGAUAACAGCGGUUUUUGCACACAAAGGCUACAAGGUAGAGAACAAACUGGGCCAAGGCGCCUUUGGUGUCGUCUACAAGGCCGUCAACCGUGAUGGCCAGUUUGCCGCCGUCAAGGUGAUCGACCUGAUGAAGAUGAGUGAGCGCAGUCGUGAGAAGUACCUGCCCAGAGAGAUCAGUACGCUGAUCGACUGUCGCCAUGAAAACCUCAUUCAGGUGUACGACAUCUUCCGAGCCGAUAACAAGAUGUUUAUUUUUAUGGAAUUUGCAGGUAACGGGGACUUAUCUGGGUACGCGAAGAAGCACAAAGGCAUCAACGAGCCCCUGGCAUGCAAGUGGUUUUUCCAAGCAUCUUCCGGUCUCUCUUACCUGCACGAAAUUCUCAAAACUUGCCACCGAGACAUCAAACUUGACAAUAUACUGCUUGACGCAAACUACAUUGCCAAGAUGACCGACUUUGGUUUUGCCAAGCAAAUUUUUGAUCAGCAGCGAAACUCGGUCAUCCUCAGUAGCACUUUUUGUGGCACCCUGCCUUACGAGUGCCCGCAGAUUUUAGAGCACAAGGCGUACAAUGGCUUCAAGGCGGACAUCUGGAGCAUGGGCGUGACGUUUUUCAUAAUGCUCUUUGACCGCUUUCCCUUCCACUACAAGGACCGAAAGCAGAUGCUGUGUGAGAUUAAGGACUACCCGAAAUUUAUCAAGUCCCGCUACUCGAAGAAGCUGCCCUCUGACGCGACUCGUUUGAUCGAGGCGAUGUUGCACCCUGAUGAGGCGAAGCGAGCCAACGUCGGCCUCAUCCUCUCCAAUCGAUACCUGCUGCACACCAAGGAACAGUAG